GAGAAGUCUGCAUGCCUAUUUGCCAGUUUGCCCAUAUAAUUUACUCACACUGAGAAAUAGGCUUUUAAAAAAUAUUUAAGCAGAAUAGCCAUCAAUUUAAAUAGAACAAUUUUUGUUCGGCUGGUUUUCAAAUACAAACUGCUUUCAAAAUACCCAAGUAAACUUGUUUUGCUAAACAUAUAUUAAAAAAUGGAGAAUUUUCUUUCUUCCCCAAUUGCUUACAUAAGGGAAAAAGAUACUUAUGUUUUUCCUCUCAGUCGCUAGUUUUCGUUAUCUCUAGACCUCUGAAACCUCCUCAACACAUUGAGGAGGCCUGAAUGGGUGGAAGGAUACUUUGACAUGAGGCAUGGAAGACUCAGCGUUUCUUAUUGUUUUACGUGGGAAGUCACGUUCAGAAGAGGAGUAUGCAUCAUCUCUAAAGCAUAAGAAGAGUCUUAGGCUCCCUGAUGGAGAACUACAAAUAUUGCUGCAAUCUGAAUUGCAGCAGAAUGAUGCUACCAAAACUUUUCAGAUAGAUUCAUACAUGGAUAUCCUUUCAACACAUCAGUUUGGUAGAUUGCUUAUCUGGUCUCCUCGGAUAUCUUCGACCCAUGAUCUCGUUUCACUAAAUUUCUGUGAGCUUCCUCUUGGCACAGCAUGCAUUGCCGAUGUUCAGGUCAAAGGGAGAGGUCGUGCAAAAAAUGUGUGGCAAUCACCAGUUGGAUGUCUUCUUUUCUCUUUCACCUUACAAAUGGAUAAUGGACGCAUUGUACCUCAUGUGCAAUAUGUUGUAUCUCUUGCAGUAACUGAAGCAAUAAAGGUGAUAUGCAAAGAAAAAGGACUGCCAGACCUUGAUGUCAAAAUAAAGUGGCCUAAUGACCUUUACUUGAAUGGCCUUAAAGUUGGAGGAAUCUUGUGCACCUCAACAUAUAGAUCCAAGAAGUUUAAUGUUAGUGCUGGUAUCGGUCUGAAUGUUGAUAAUCACGAGCCAACGACAUGCUUGAAUGCAGUCUUACAGAAGUUGACUUCUGGUGCACAGUGUUUGAGGAGGGAACACAUACUUGCUGCUUUUUUUGAAAGAUUUGAAGUUCUUUUUGAUGUUUUCAUAAAUCAAGGAUUUCAAGCUCUCGAAGAGGUGUACUAUGCAACAUGGUUACAUAGUGGACAAAAGGUGGUCAUUGAGGAAAAAAAUGAGUGUGGUCUCCCUCAAAAAUCUGUAGUUACAGUUCAGGGUUUGACACCUUCCGGCUACUUAUUGGCUGUCGAUGAUGAAGACAAAAGAUAUGAGCUUCACCCUGAUGGAAACAGCUUUGACUUCUUCCAAGGAUUGAUCAGAAGGAAAGUGGAGGCAUGAUGGUGGUAUUAGGCUUUGGACCAGAUUGAACAUACUGGCGGCAAUGAGAUUUCUGUUGCAUCAAAUUUCAAUAGUUUGAUGGAGGCAUUAGUUUAAGAUACGAGUAAUGUUUAUUGAGCAUGCAUUUCUUCCAAGUCUUUUCUUGAUUAUUAAUCAUGUCAUUAAUUUCUAAUCAAUAAAUGUUAUUAUUUAGUGAAUCUUUCUGUUAUUUAUGUAAUUCUUUGCAUCUGUUGAGUAUAUUUAUAAUGGAUUCUUUCCUGCAAAA